CACUAUAUAAAGCGCACACUUUCUUGCUAUUUUUCUCAUCCUUCACUACCAAAUAUCAUAUUUCAAUUGAUUUUGAAUUGAGUACAAUGGAAUCCAAGAGAGCAAUCCUCAUUCUUAGCCUAUUGGCAAUGGUUCUUCUUAUUUCCUCAGAGGUGUCAGCUAGGGAGUUUACUGAGACUUCCACUAAUACCAAAGAGGAGGUUGUUGAAAAGUCAAAUGAACUGAAUGAUGCCAAGUUUUUUGGUCAUCACCGUCACGGUCACAGCCACGAUCACCGUCAUGUUCAUGGUCAUGGGCACGGUGGUCAUCAUGGUGGACACCAUGGUGAUUCCGACAAUGGCAACUGAUAAUACAAUGAUACAUGAUGCACAUGCAACAAAGUAAUAAACUUCAUGAAUGAAUAGUGUUUGGUGUUGAAUAAAAGAGGUAUAGAUAGUCAUCAGUCCGUUGUGGUUAUGUAUUAUCUUUGAAUAUGUGGUGGAGUUUGAUUUGAAUCUAUUUGGUGAAUGUGUUAUCAUUUGUAAUAUAUCAAAUAUAUAUCAUCGUUGUUAAGUA